AAUGUUUUCAGUGAUUAUAAAAACAAAAAAAGUUUAAAACAAUAUAAUAUUUGGAUACCCACUAUAAAUAUUCCAAGGAAGUUAGUACCAUACACAUAUAGCCGAAAUACAAUAGAAGAGAAUUGAAAAUAGUUUUGUAUCCUGCUUUGUUGAAAUUGCAUGCUUUUCAGAUAUGGCAAUCUUCCGGGCGACACUGCUUAUGUUGCUUAUCCUCGUCUGCCUUACCACAUAUGAGCUUCACGUUCACGCUUCUGAAGGUGCAGAAGCAGAAAGCAGGGAAGGUGCUGUUAAAAUCGAUUGCAGUGGGAGAUGCAAAGGGAGAUGCAACAAAUCGUCCAGGCCGAAUCUCUGCUUGAGAGCAUGCAACAGCUGUUGUUUCCGAUGCAACUGUGUACCACCUGGCACACAUGGAAACCAUCACCUAUGCCCUUGCUACGCCUCCAUUACCACUCGCGGUGGCCGCCUCAAGUGCCCUUGAAUCUAUGCACAGAUGUAUGCGGAAUUGUGCGAUGUUAUGUUGUUGAAUAAUAUAUAGACACUAGUGUUACCUUUUGAAUCGAUCUUUUACUGUUGUAAUCUCUAGAGUUCAUAUAUGCUGCAUUAACUGGUGCAAAAUCUAGAGCUACUUAAAUUCUUUAUCAAAAAAAAAAAAAAAUCUAGAGCUACUUAAGUUUCAAAAUUAUUGCAAACUAGAGUAAAGAUGCAAGCGAGGAAAAUGAGUGAUAAGAGACUUAUGUUUUCUGUAUUUCUCAAUAUUAUAUCCGAAAAGAAAAAAUAUCAUAAAAUUGGUGUC